AUGGAUGAUAGAGUUGUAUUGAAGAUUUAUUAUUAUGGACAGAUCUUAUUACAAACAUAUGAGGGAGUUCAAUUUGUGUGUGAAAAUCCAUUAGAUGUUGUUAUUCCGUUCACAUUGUCAUUUGAGGAGUUGAAAGGUGUGAUUUGUGAGAAGAUAGGCACGCAAAGAUGUAGGAGAAUAUCGUGUAUUUUGUACAGGUAUCCUUUACCUGUGUUUGGCGGAUUUGUUCAAUUUCAGACCAAGUAUGUGAUGGACGAAGCGAGUAUGCAGGAAAUGUUUUCAAUGUACAUGGAAAAUCGCCACCGAAUAUCGUGCAUCGAGUUAUAUAUUGAGUUUGAGCAAUCUGAAGCGGACCGUAACAUUGAAUUGGAAGAUUAUAAUAGUGAAAGCGAAGAUGAAUUUGAAAGUAACUAUGAGAUCGUCGGUCCAGGUGAGGACGAAGAAGCAGCUGUUGGCGCCAUGAACGCAGAUGUGGCGGAAGUUGCAAAUGCACUAGCAAACCCGCAUCCGUUUCAAGAGCCUUCUUUCAUGCGGUCGUUGGAUUUGGGGGCUAUGCACGCACUGGAGUUUCCGCAAUAUAUGAAUCCAGCCCCUCCUGUUGUGGCGGAUGGUGAAUUCACAGUGGGGAUGGAAUUCAGCUCAAGGGAGGCAGUAAUCAAGGCAAUGAAAGAUUAUACCAUCCGGAGAGGUGUGGACUAUCGGAAGAAGUACUGUUGGGAGAUAAGGAGGUACAAUGGAAGUCAUACUUAUACUAGGUCUACUAUUUCUCAAGACCAUUCGAAGCUGGAUUCCAAGACAGUUGCAGAAGCAAUAAAGCCGUUGGUAGAGGUUGACCCGUCUAUAAAGGUGAAAUCAGUAAUUGCUGAUAUCCAGUCAAAGUUUAACUACACCAUCAGUUAUCGCAAGGCUUGGUUAGCAAAGCAGCAGGCGGUCGAAUCAAUUUUUGGAAGUUGGGAAGCAUCGUAUGAAGCUUUGCUGAUAUGGUUUGAGGCCAUGUGCCACAAAGAGCCAGGAGCAGUGGUUCACUUUGAAACAAUGCCAGCUUACCAGGGGGAUGAUUUGGUUCCUGAUAUACGUGUUCUACAUAGAGUCUUCUGGAGUUAUUACCCAUGUAUAAGGGCCUUCAGACACUGCAAGCCAGUGGUGCAGGUGGACGGGACUCAUUUGUAUGGAAAAUACAAGGGUUGUUUAUUGGUUGCAGUGUCACAAGAUGGUAAUAACAACAUCGUGCCUAUUGCAUUUGCCAUAGUGGAGGGAGAGACUUCUGAUGCAUGGCACUUUUUUCUGAGCAACCUGCGUCAACAUGUGGUGACCCGUGAUGGUGUCGGACUAAUCUCCGAUCGACACGAUUCGAUUAGGUCAGCUAUUGAACGAAGUAAUGAGGCGUGA